UGGGGAUGGGGUGGGGGGGGAAUCUCCUUUGCUACUGGAUACAUUGGACAACAGGUAGAUAGCUGGUGGCAAAUUGUAUGGUGAUAAUGUAGAUCGUGGCCACCCCGCACUGUGCUAGAGAUGAGAGAGGCCUUGGCUGCUGUGUUACGGUGGCAAAGCUGUCUGCCAGCUGUGACUGUGCAUUGCUGCAUGUAGUCUGGACAAGUCAGGUCUGUCGCACCCCGUCACCGAGCCAGACUUUGCUCUCCUUGUUUGUUAACCUCAAGGGUGUUGUCGGAAUGGGUCUCACGCAGCCCUGAGCAAUCGGUCACUUGCGGACUGAGUGGACGUUAGCGUGGAAUGCCUUGCCUCUUCGCUUGUCGAGUGGUGUGUGGAGCCCAGCGAGAGACAGCUUAGAGCAGCCUGCACUCCGCGUGGGGCAGGUGCACGACACGCAAGUGUUCUCGUUGGAAAAAAAAUUAUCAGCCAGUGGUCUCUCGCCUGAAACGCGACGGUCUGUUUGUCUGUCACGCCUGCAGCAGCUCGGUUUGGUUUGGUGCUUGAAUAGCUGCCGGCUGAGGUAAACCGAGGCAGGUUCUAACUAACUCUUCAGUGAAGUGCUCACUGGUCACUCAGGACUCCACUCGAGGCUGAAGGCACGAGCGGGAGGGAAGCCCGUUUGUACAAAUAGAACAUCCGUGCGCUCAGAGUCAGGAGCCUGUGACGGGCAGCAGUCGGCUUUAAAAACAAUGGAGCAUUUUCAGUGUCUUACCAAAAGCCUGAAGUGUACAGCCGUUUUACAACAAGAACAACAACUUGCAUUUAUAUAGAGCCCUUCACACAGGGUAGCAUCCCGGAGCGCUUUCAAAAGACACAAGGACCAGACUGUUCUAACCAGGAAAUUGCUUUGCACCGACUAACGCCGACUGGGAGGAAACAUCAGGGGACAAAGGCGGGUGACAACUGACCAGAAGUCGAACGUUUCGUCUGUUUAACGUACACAGAGGCCCUGAGGAAGGAGUGACGGGAGCUGUUUCUGCUGGAGUUUGGAGAGUCCCCGUGCUUGUGAACGUGAGGAAGGGUGGGUGGGGGGGAGAGUGUGGGGGGGGAAGAGGAAGAGGGGCGAUGGUAUGCUGUAGACACAAAAUGGGCAUCUCCUCAAUCAAGCUGGUCUUCUCUGCUCUGGGCUGCUGCAUCUGCUGUAUCUCCCUAGUGAAAGGCAGCAACCUCACGCUUAUCUUUCAGAACGAGCGCAGCUUCCGCAACUGCAGCUGUUCCAGCAGCAUCCCCGAAUGCAACGUGGCCUUGGCCAACAUUCUGUGCUGCUGCUCCACCAUCUCCUCCAAGGAGCUCGAACGAGCCAGCCCAGCCCUCAGCUACAGCACCCAACUGGCCGUGUGGGUGUCUGAUAUCAGCUCGGUGGGUGUCCUGCUCAAUAACUCCUUCGUCUUAGAUCUCAGGCUGUCCCUGUGCAGCACCAGGGCCGUUGUGACGGAGUACAUCAUCAUCUUUGGGCUGAGGAGGCUCUGCGUCUUCAAUCCGAAAGCACAAGAAUACCCGAGGCAGAACAUCACGAUUCACAGCACAGACACUGGGGUGGCUAAGCUGCCCUCGCUGAGCCACAGAGACAUCUCGUUUUAUGUUGCGUUCUUGAACGUGGCUCUGCUGAACGGAGAUUCAAAAUUAAAGGCAUAUUCGGUGCCAAACAUCACCAACAUCGAAGACUACUUCCCGCACCUUCCCACCCUACCCUCUGCCACCAACACGUCUCUCAUCACCUUUAUCUAUGUUUAGAAACAACAACUUGAGUUUAUAUAGCGCCCCUCAGGUGGAGCAGCAUCU